UAAAUUAAACAUAAAUUCUCUUGCUCGUUAUAUCCAACAGUCAAAGUUAAUAUGUUUAUUAUCAGCUAUUCAGCUCAACAAGCGUCAUAGUAUUUCAAUUUGUUGACCAAACGAGAAGGUAUCUGAAAGAGUAGCGAUUUAAUGUGCACGAAAAUGAGUGUGACAUUGUUAUUUAUGAUUUUAAUCUUUAAAUUUGUGGAUGGAGUUCAAGGAUCACGAUCGUCUGCUUUUAAUUUCCAUGAAGAGGAUGCUGAAAAACAACAAAAAGCAACCGAAGAGCUCGUUAAAAGGAUUCUCCCCGAUUACUUUUUGUACUUUAAAGUGUCCGUGGUGUCAAAUUUUAGCCAGGACUCUUUUCAAAUUUUUAGUUCGGGAAAUGGAACGGUAUUUAUUACAGGGAGGUCCGGAGUGGAUGUAGCGAGCGGGCUUAAUUAUUACUUGAAAUAUUACUGCUACUGCCAAAUUUCGUGGCAAAAUAAACAGUUAAACCUGCCGAAGCAGUUACCAGCGGUUAAUGUCACAAUUAGCUAUAACGAUAGAUUUCGAUAUUACCAAAACAUAUGUACAAGUAGCUACAGUUUUGUUUGGUGGAAUUGGAGCCAGUGGGAAAAGCACAUCGACUGGAUGGCCCUCAACGGUUAUAACUUAGUUCUUGCACCUAAUGGUCAAGAAUUUAUCUGGAAUUUAAUUUAUAAAGAGAUCGGUAUGACGCAGCAAGAAAUAGACGAGCACUUUACUGGACCUGCAUUUUUAGCUUGGAAUAGAAUGGGCAAUUUGCGUAAAUGGGGAGGUCCAUUGUCAGAAUUUUGGCACAACAGGUCUUUUACUUUGCAAACAAAUACGCUUUCGCGUAUGAGGAGUUUAGGAAUCGUACCAGUCCUUCCGGGGUUUGCAGGACAUGUUCCAAGAGCAUUUAAAAGAUUAUUUCCAACAGCUAAUUUGACGAAAAUGGAGGAAUGGAGUAACUUUAAUGACUCGUAUAGCAGCCCUUAUUUAUUGGAUGCCAAUGAUGGUUUGUUUGAAACAAUUGGAGAAAAGUACUAUAAAAACCUUAACAAAUUUUACGGCGUUGUCCAAAAUAAUAAUAAAACCAAAAAUACUAUGUACAGUGCGGACGUAUUUAACGAAAUGUCUCCAGUAUCAACCGAUGAAUCGUACAUAAGUAGUGUCGGCAGUGGCGUUUACAAAACGAUGGUAAAGAAUGACCCAGGGGCUAUUUGGCUAAUGCAGGGAUGGCUUUUUGUAUAUGAUCCGUUUUGGACUAAAGAAAGAGCAAAAGCACUGGUGACAUCGGUGCCUUUUGGAAAAAUGAUUAUUCUCGAUCUUCAAUCCGAGCAAUUUCCGCAGUAUGACCGAUUUGAUUCAUAUUUCGGUCAACCAUUUAUAUGGUGUAUGCUCCACAAUUUUGGAGGAACUCUAGGCAUGUAUGGUUCAGCUCAUAUCAUAAACAAGGAACCGAUUCGGGCAAGAAACGAAACAACAAUGAUAGGAGUUGGAAUAACAGCAGAAGGUAUUAAUCAAAAUUAUGUAAUUUAUGACCUCAUGAGUGAAAUGUCUUGGAGAGAUGAGCCAGUCGAUUUGACAGAAUGGUUCGAUAAUUAUUCACGAAGGCGAUACGGUCAAAUAAAUAUGUCAGCAAAUCAAACGUGGCAAAUUUUAAAGAGUACUUUGUACAAUUUUACGGGAACAGAACGUUUAAGAGGGAAAUACAGCAUUAACAGUCGUCCAUCAUUGCAUUUGAAAGAUUGGAUGUGGUAUGAGAAUAGUGACUUGUUCCAUGCCUUCGAAACAUUUUUGGAUGCUUCAGAUAGUCUUGCAGAUUCAGAAACGUACAAACACGAUAUCGUUGAUUUAACCCGUCAAGUACUUCAAAUUUUGGGAGACGAAUACCAUAAAAAAAUUGUUAAGGCAUACAAAAGUCGGUAUUUGAUAGAGUUGAAAUACUUAAAACAAGACAUCUUGGAUUUAUUUACUGAUUUGGAUCUAAUACUUGCUUCUAAUGAAAAUUUUCUUCUGGGAAAAUGGUUAAAGGAUGCAAAGAACGUUGCGGACAACCCAAGUGAAAUUGCUCAGUUUGAAUACAAUGCCAGAAAUCAGAUAACAUUAUGGGGUCCAAACGGAGAAAUAGUAGAUUAUGCAAAUAAACAAUGGGCAGGUGUAGUGGCAGACUAUUUUGAACCAAGAUGGGAAAUAUAUUUGAGUGCUCUGGAAAAAAGCUUAUCAACAGGUGAAGCCUACAAUGAAACUGAGACUUUUGAAAAAAUGUUUUUCGAAGUAGAACAACCGUUUACCAUUUCCACAAAAGAAUAUCCGUCUCAGGCUACAGGUAAUCCAGUCGACAUAGCUCGAUAUAUUCGUGAUAAGUGGACAUUGGACAGGAUUCGGAAAUUUAAUAUUGAACAUGAGCCUGAUUUGCGUGUUUCAGACAGUUUUAUAUCUAAACUACGAGAUAAUAAUGACAACAUAGAAGUCACAAUGCUAACAUAGUUAUAAAUAAGGAUGUUGUGUUGUGUACUGCUUAACAUAAAUAUAACCAUAACUUAAAAUAAAAGACUUAAAUACCAA